AUGACACUUACUGCAAAGUGUAGUGCCCUCGUUAAAAAUAACAUGCACCCUAAGUUAAAGGACCCAGGUAGUUUUUCCAUACCUUGUGUAAUCAGAAAAUUUGUAAUAGACAAAGCUCUUUGUGACCUAGGAGCUAGUGUCAGUUUAAUGCCCCUUUCGAUUUGUGAAAAACUCAAAUUAGGCGAACUAAGACCCACGAGAAUGUCUCUCCAACUAGAUGAUCGCUCUAUUAAAUUUCCUGUAGGUAUGCUAGAAAACAUUCCCAUAGGAAUUGGUCAAUUUUACAUUCCCACGAACUUUAUAAUAAUGGACAUAAAGGAAGAUUCAACCAUUUCAAUCAUAUUAGGAAGACCCUUUUUUGCCACUGUUGGUGACAUUAUUGAUGUGAAACGAGGAAAACUAAUCUUCGAGGUCGGUGAGGAGAAAAUCAAAUUCAUUCUUUCACAAUUCCUAAAUGAACCUGCUAUAGACGAUACUUUCUAUUUCAUAAACAUCAUCGAUGAAUGUGUAAAGGAAAUGGAGAUGGAACCACCUAAGGAUACUGAAGUCCUAAAAAUUCCAGCACCUCAUAUAUUAGAAGAUGACGAAUAG